CAAUACCCUGUAUUUUUCGUGUUGAGUGAGAAGAAUGCAUGGGAAGCAUCUAACUACAUGCCACAAGUAGUUGCAGUUCACAGUAGUUGUACAAUUUGAACAAACACCCGACCCAAUCUCUCUCUCUAACACAAACAAAACAAUUCAAUAAGAAAAGUUGAGAUUUACAGUGAGGUAAGGGGAGGAGAGAGAGAACCGGAUUCCAUUCUUUCGAGCCCCGGACUCCUGGCGUGAAAGCCAAAGCAGACUGCCAAGCCGCCUGUUCCUGUUCCUGCUUCUGCAACUCCCACCCAGUCCAGUUCUCUCUCUCUCUCUCUCUCAUAAUAUGCAUAGUUGUACUCUCUCUCUGUUAUCUCUGAAAAUAAAAAAGAUGGAUGCCUGUGUUCACUCACAAUGGGUGUGCCUCUCGAUGGGCGCAAAAAGCUGACUUCUUUUGGCACUUUGUUUUUUACUUAUUUUGAAUCCUCUCUUCCUCUCUGGUUUUUGUCAUUUGUUUUCCUCCAUUCCUUGUAAAACAACAAAACGCUCUGCUGUGGCACGUUUAGUUCCCUCUCUCUUUCUGUACGCUGCAUUGGAGCUCAAAAAAACCCAUUUUUCCAGAACCAGAGAGCAAGAAAGCAUGGGCAUCUGCAAUUGAAACAAGAGAAGCGAGAGAGAUGAUGGGUUUCCAUGUGCUCCCUGAGAUGAUGCUGCUGUUUCUUCUUCUUCUUCUUCUUCUGCGCUUUUCUCUCACUCAUGGCAACGAAGAAGCAGAGACGCUGAUGGCGAUGAAGAGCGCCCUCGACCCUGAUAACAGGCUUCUCGGCUCUUGGACGAAGGGCGGCGACCCCUGCAGCGGUGAGUUUCAGGGGGUGGCCUGCAACGAGAAUGGAAAGGUUGCGAAUAUUUCAUUGCAAGGAAAGGGUCUCUCUGGUUCAGUGCCUGCCGCCAUCUCCGGGUUGAAGUCGCUGACGGGCCUCUACCUCCAUUACAACUCCUUGACAGGCCCCAUACCCAAGGAGCUCUCCAACCUCACCCUUCUCACUGAUCUCUACCUCAAUGUCAAUUCUCUCUCCGGCUCAAUACCUCCAGACCUCGGUUCCCUCCCCAAUCUGCAAGCACUUGAGCUUUGCUGCAACCAGCUGACUGGCAGCAUACCAAAGGAGCUGGGCUCACUGAAGAAGCUCAACGUUCUGGCUCUGCAGCACAACCAUUUGAGAGGUGCCAUUCCGGCGAGUCUUGGGGAGAUAAGCCAGCUGACCAGGUUGGAUUUGAGCUUCAAUCUCCUCUUCGGCUCCAUUCCUGGGAGGCUCACUGCUCUUCCCCUGCUCAAUGUUCUCGAUGUCAGAAACAACACUCUCUCCGGCAAUGUCCCCACUGCUUUCAAGAGGUUGAAUGAUGGGUUCCAGUAUGGGAACAACUCGGAUCUGUGCGGUGCAGAUUUCUUGGGGUUGCAGGGCUGCAAGUCUUCUGAUUUACAACCCAUAAGGCCGGACGCAUUUGGCCCCGAUUCCACCCCCAAUGGAGUUCAGCCUACCAAACCCGAAUCUGUGAAUGUGCAGACCACCCCCACCAUCACUGGAUGUGAACAAGGCAGUGGUCAUUGCAGCUCCCGGUCUUCCAAGUCCCCUGAGAUUGCCAUUGUAAUGGCUGUGGUUGCAGUCACGGCGGGAAUGAUUCUAGGUGGCCUCUUGCUCUUUUCAUGGUACCGCCGAAGGAAGCAGAAGAUAGGGAGUGCCUUUGAGCCUUCCGACAGCAGGCUCAGCUCCGACCAGGUGGCCAAGGAUUUCAGUAUCACCACAACCAACAACAGGAAGAGCGCCUCCCCUCUCAUAAGCCUUGAGUAUGCUAAUGGUUGGGAUCCCUUGGCUGAGCAGGGUGGGAGCUCCCUCGAGGGACUGCAGAGCUUCAGGUUCAACCUGGAGGAGGUGGAGUCAGCGACGCAGUACUUCUCCGAUGUGAAUUUGUUGGGGAAGAGCAGCUUUGCGGCUGUUUACAGGGGGAUGCUUAGAGAUGGGUCGGUGGUCGCCUUGAAAAGCAUCAACAAGACAAGCUGCAAAACUGAGGAGGUGGAGUUUCUCAAGGGACUCAAGAUUCUGACUUCCCUCCGCCAUGAGAACCUGGUCGGGUUGAGGGGCUUCUGCUGCUCGAAAGGGCGGGGGGAGUGCUUCCUUGUAUACGAUUUCAUGCCCAAUGGGACGCUGGCUCGGUACCUGGAUGGGGGUGCUACUAGUGGAAGAAGGGUUCUAGACUGGCCUACCCGAGUGAAGAUCAUCAAUGGCAUAGCAAAAGGCAUUGAGUAUUUGCAUGGCGAUAUGAGUAACAAGCCGGCCCUAGUUCAUCAGAACAUCUCGGCGGAGAAGGUGCUUCUAGACCACCACUUCAAUCCCCGCCUCUCCGAUUCGGGGCAGCACAAGCUGCUGGCAGACGACGUGGUGUUCUCGACUCUCAAGGGGUGCGCCGCGAUGGGCUACCUCGCGCCAGAGUACACCACGGUCGGCCGCUUCACGGACAAGAGCGACGUCUAUGCAUUCGGGGUGUUGGUGCUGCACGUAUUGGCUGGAAAGGCCACCAGUUUUGGUGGGUGUCAUCUGGCCGAAUCCGGUAACUUGGGUGACCUCAUGGAUCCCAAUCUCAAAGGGAAUUACUCCAAGGAGGAGGCCACCCACGUGGUCAGCAUCGCUCUGCGCUGUACAAGCGAGGCCCCAAGCCAGAGGCCCACCAUGAGCAUGGUGGUUCAAGAACUCACCCAUCAAAAUCUAACACUAUAACUCUCUCUUUCUUUGCGGUCCAAGGCAGGGGACUGUGCUGUGAAGUACUUAAUACUUCACAAAGCUUGCUUUUUGGUUUUAACCCUUCAUUUGGAGUUGGAGUGGAGUGGAGUGAAGGGUGAAGUUUUUGCAGGCUAAGCUGACACAAACUACAACCACAUUUGAUGCCACUGUUGCACUCUGCUUUUUUGUAUUUAAUAUCUCUUGUCUUCUCCUUUCAUUUUGAAUGGGAGCCAUCCUCAAAAAUGUUUGUUUUCUCAUAAAUAUUAGGAUUCCAUCCCUGAGGAGGGGCAGGGGCCGGCCGACACAGGAAGGGGAGAGGGCACAGCUGUUCUCCAGUUUAUUGCAUUGGAUGGAGCUCUUUUGCCAUGCCCUAGAACCAGAUUGAGUUAGAUUUAACAAUGAAACUAAAAAUGGAAGAAACCCCCGCGUUCUCAGAACCAGAAUCGCUUACCUGACAUGAACAUCGGAUAAUUGAAAUCGUUGCUACGUUCUUAGAACCAGAACCAUCUGUGAAUUUUUUUUCAACCGCGUGGUUUGUUUUUUC